ACGAACCCCUGCACGAUCUCAUGUUAACCACCAUGCGCCUGUCGAUAAUCACAGUUGCGCUGGCGACCGCGUCCACCGCAUCGGCAGCCCUAACUUGGACCCUUGAAAAGUCAUCGAGUCCCACUGACGAUGAAGCCGACGCAUACGGAUUGAUUGAGGCCGCAAUGGAGGCUGCAGUGGCCCGACACGCCAGCCUCGGAGACGCCAGCAAGUCAAUCAACGUGUACUACGUCCCCGGCGUCCCAACCGCCGAAGCAAGCUACGACGGCACGAUUCGAUUCGGUACCGACCGCAACUAUCUGAACGAGCGCACGGCUUUGCACGAGAUUUCGCAUACCCUUGGCAUUGGACAGACAGCUGCCUUUGACGAGCACUGCGCUGCUAAUGACUGGCCUACCGCAACUCCGCUGCUGCAGUCGUGGGACGGGGCCGACGCGGUCAUUAACUGUGGUGGGGGGCAUAUCUGGCCGUACGGGCUAAAUUACAAUGAUGAAUGGAGCGAGACAAAUGCUGAUCGUCAUGUUGAAUUAAUCAAUGCGAUGCUUGCGGAUGGACUGUAGUUAUUGCAAUUGUAUCAAGGUCGGG